UGCAUUAUUUCUAUCAUCAACAAAGAAUACUAUAUGUUUUUCAGUUUCUGUAACAUCUGGAGUGAUUAAUGAGGACCAGACAAGCAAGAAAGAAGAAAAUGUUGAUCUCCACUCUGUGUCUGCUAAAGAUUUUCCAUUGAAAGAAACUGGCUCUUCUCAUCCAGUUCAAGUCCCAGGUCCAGAUACUUUAGAUGAAAUGGCAGACAAACAGAAGUUUUUUUCAGAGCUUGAAAAAGAGAUGAGUGGCACACUGGACUAUGGCCUUCUUAAUCAUCAAAUGAGCAAAACAAGUACUCAGUUAGCAACUAGCUCAGUUGACUGUAACACCAAGGACAGCAUGAAGCCUCAAGCAACUGGAGGAAUGAUAAAGAAAAUCACGUCUGAGAUUUCAGCUAAAGUUGAACUUUUGAAACCUCCUCCACAGCAACAACCCAGUUUGUUAUCAAAAGUUAUGUUGCUUGACUCAAUGGGAUCUUCUUUAAAUACAACGGGGACAUCUGCUCCUGCUGAAGUUACUUCUCCAGCAGCAACCAAAGAAGGUUUAGACAAAACUGAAAACCAAGCAUCUCAAAAAGAUAAUCAAGUAUUUCAGGGAACGGUCACUAAUGAAGAAAUCAAAGAGCUUCAUAAUGCUCUACACAACAUUAAUUUGUCAUCAACUCUUCCAGCUAAUGAAAUACUUCCACCAAAUAAUUUGGUUGUUGAGGAAGCAAAGCAGCCACACUAUCUUGUGGAUGAUUCUGUUCAGUUUUCUAGUGAUGCACAUCUUAAUAAUAAUAUUAAAGAAUAUAUUCCAAAUGCUACUCUCAGUACUGAGGCCAAAGAAAACAAUACAUAUGAAAGUCUAGUGAAAGAAUCAGAGAAAACAGAAUUAAAUCAGAGAAAAUCAAAUGCCAAAUCAUCAGCAGAGAAUUCUGUAGGAGACAUUUAUGGUUUUGAUCUCAGUCCUGUUGUCAUCAACAAUGAACCAGCUUCGUCAGUGUCAGCAUCAUUUGAACCCCAAAAUAUUGAGAUUGCUACCUCUGAGCAAUCCAGUCUUCUUGUGACUGAUCUUAGUAAAACAACCAAUGUGUCAAAGAAGACCAACAAAUACAGUAAUGUACCUAGUUCAGGUUAUGGAUGGAAGACAGUUUCAGUUCAUCGAUCCAUGACAAAAACUUCAGUUAAUUCUAAUAAAUCUGCUGCAGUAAGCAAGACAUCUGGAACAAACCAAGUUGCACCGGUGAAAUCUAAGAUGGAAUCAGCAAAGAAUAUAGAAAAAAGUUCAGAACAACUUUCAAAAUAUCUUAAUGAUUCUAGAGCACAUCAACCAAUUGUUAAGAACUCAACAGAUGCUGACACAAUUGACAAUGCUCAUCCAGAGGUCAAUAUUUUAAAGAAACAGUUGGAAGAAGAAAGAGAACUGAUAUUUCAACUGAAAGUUAAAAUAGCUGGCAAUGAAAACAAAUACCAACAAUCCAUCAAACAACUGGAUCAACAGUUCCAAGGGGAAAUUGAAGACUUAAGAAAAGCAAAUUAUAUUUUAGUUUCAAAAGUAUCUGGAGACAAUGGGAAAAAUUUGAAUGAGCAGGAAGAUCACUUUCAGAAAGAACUAGAAGAACAUAAGAAGCUUUUGGUUGCUUAUGAUGCUGAGAACAAACGUCUGUAUAAUGAUGCCAAACAGCAAAAAGUUUUUCAGAAACAAGCUGAAGAGAGAAUGUUCUCUGAAAACCAGAAAUUGUUGCGAGAACUUAACAGUCUGCGCAAUCAGAUGAAUUUAAAACAAACACGUAAUACAAGUGCACCUAACAUGAUACCACUGCCACCACCAUCACCAUCAGCUGAUGGUGCUCGCAAUAAAGACAUUAUCAUCCGUGACAAUAACAACAACAACAGAAACGAUAUCAACAAGGAUGAAAUAAUCAAUCAGUCUAUUGUAGCCUUCUCUGCAGAAAAGAAUCAACUAGAAAUCAAUCACUGGAAACAGCAGUGCAAUCUACUCGAACAGACAAAUUUUGAAUUGGAGUCUCAAAUAAGUAAACUAGUUCAGCAGAAAGAAGAAAUGCAUCAAGUAUUAGAAGAAAUCAAGAAGGCAAAAGAUGACGAAAUGAAGGCAGUUGAAUCCAAAUUUUUUGAUGACAUUGAAAGUAUGAAGAAGAAACUUCACUGGUACACAUACAAUCAACAACUGUUAGACCAGUCCGUUUUAGUCUUGCAGCAAAAAGACAAAGAGAUUGAACAGCUAAAUCUUAGAAUUCAGAAAUUGAGCUCAGAGACUGGAAAACGUUUUGAGGAGAACAAGUUACUUGGAAAAGAAAGAGCUGCUAAUCAGAAACGUAUUCAAAAUCUUGAACAUCAGAUAAAGGAAAUGGAAAAAAUCUACUGUAAGCGCAACCCAAAUUCUUUACCUGCAUUAUUAAUGGCAGCUGGCAGUUCUGUUGAAGCAAGCAGUGACUGUCGUCAGGCACCAUCCCCACUAAAUCUUCUGCUUGAGCAGAAGGUUCAGAAACUGGAGAAUCAACUGAAGAAUGCUCAAGAAGAGGGUGACCUCAGAGUGAGGACUGUGGAACAAAAGUACAACAAGCUGAAGCUGCAGUAUGAAAGUCAGAUUGAAACAUUGGAAGAAACUGUUAAGAAGUUACAGCAUCAGGCUAUUUUGGGUCGUUGUACUGUUUGCAAGAAACCAUCAUCUGAAGAGAUGCCAGAAGAACCAAAAACAAGUGAAAAUGCAGUGAAAGAUAAUUCAGAAACUGCAAUUAAAGAAUUACAGCAAAAUGUUGACCAACUGCAGUCUGAAGUGCAAAAAUAUAAAGAAGAAGAUGAUAAUUUGCAUGCUUUGCUGCAGAAAAGCCAAAACAAAGAGACUCAGUUGCAAAACAAGGUGCAAGUUUUACUGCAGCAGUUAGAUUCCAGUAAUAAUCAAGUUGCAACACUGCGCUGUAUGUUUAGUAAACUUCAAAAUGAAAAACAAACUUUGUUGAGACAACAGCUUAUUAAAAAGCCAACAUCAACAAAUGAAGAGUUGAAUAAGAAAGCCUCAAAACUUCCUCAAAAGUCUAAGAAAUCAGAUGCAGUUGAUGUUGGAAGCAUUUUGGCUGGCAAAGAUGAAAAAAUUAUCAGUAUGAUUGAAGUUCCUGAAGGUAUACUGAAAGAAAAUGAAUUGUUAAAAAUUAAGGUGGAACAGCUUCAGUUGUCUCUGGAACAUCAAAAAGUUGAUAUGAUGAAGUCUUCAGCAGAAUUGGAAGCAGAUAUUCGGAAAACACAUGAACAUUAUCAAGACGAGAUCAACACUUUGAGAAUUUCUCACCAGAAAGAACUUCACAAAAUUCUAACAGAACAAGCUUUGAAGAAUUCCACCAGCUCUUCUGUGCAACUUCAGUGUAAAGUUGACGCCCAGCAGGUGUUAAUAGACCAUCUUCAAGAACAACUUGCAAAUGCUCAGGUGGAUGCUGAAAAGUUGUCUGAACUUAAAGUACGUGAAGUCGUAUUAGAGGCUCACAUACAGCAGUUACAGGAUGAAUUAGCUGAAGCAAAAAGAACACAUUCUCCAGAAAGGCAGCAUUUCCAGAGUCUUGUUGAGAAAAUACAAGAACUAGAAAAGAAACAGGAUGCUCGUGAGAAAGAAAUGCUGAGUGUGAUGAAGAAAGGCAGCUGUUUACCAUUCUCUGAGUUGGAGAGGGAAGUGGAGAAAUGGAAGAAAGUGGCUGAAAGCAAAAACGCAGAUAUUGAAAAGUAUCGUGUUGAAUUAGAUUCAAUGCUCAGCAUGUUGACCUCUCUAAAAGCAAACGCUGCAUUCACAUCCCAAAAUAAAUAUAUGACAGCAACAAUGUAUAGAUAACACUCUGUAAUACAAUUUUUGUCCUUGGAUAGCAACUGGUAUUUCCUAUUUUCUUAUCCCUAUAAAGUGUGAAAACUGGUUAAUAUUUCCUUCAAA